UGUAAAAUAAAACCGGAAGUUAUUUGCUGAGGCGUUUGGAAUAUGGCUGUGGAUUUGUAAUCUUUUUGUAUUUGAUUGUCUGCUAUGGAAUACCGUAUAUACUGAUUUAACUAUGCUUCUCUUCUGAACCGGACUCUGUCAUGGCACGUGUGGCUGGAGAUAUUAUUCAUUUAAACGUCGGAGGGAAAAGGUUCAGCACCUCCAGGCAGACUUUAACAUGGGUCCCUGACUCCUUUUUCUCAAGCCUUUUGAGUGGCCGGAUAUCCACCUUAAAAGAUGAAACAGGAGCGAUUUUCAUCGAUCGUGAUCCUUCACUUUUUGCUCCUAUAUUGAAUUUCCUGCGCACUAAGGAACUGCAUCCCAGGUCUACAGAUGUGAAUUUACUGAUGCAUGAGGCUGAGUUUUAUGGAAUAACACCAUUAGUGCGUAAACUGCAGUUGUGUGAUGAACUUGAUCGCUCAUCGUGUGGCACAGUGCUGUUUAAUGGCUAUCUGCCUCCUCCAGUUUAUCCUGUGAAGCGCAGGAACAGACACAGCGUCGCCGGCUCUCAGUUCAUGGCAGGCCGAGCUGUCCCUCUUGAAAGAGCCACAGUCCGACGCAGCAACACAAUGCCUCCCAAUUUAGGCAAUUCAGGCAUACUGGCAAAAGCUACUACUGCUACAGAAGAGAAAAUGUCAGGUCAGGGCUCCGAUUCAGGCAUGGUACGGAUCAUAUGCGGCCAUCACAAUUGGAUUGCAGUGGCUUACGCACAGUUUGUGGUGUGCUACAGGGUUAAGGAAUCAACAGGGUGGCAGCAGGUUUUUUCAAGCCCCAGGUUGGACUGGAUCAUCGAUCGAGUUGCACUCAAUGCUAAAGUCAUGGGCGGGUCCUUAGGAGACAAUGACAAGAUGGUUGCAGUGGCAUCUGGGACAGAGAUCAUAUUAUGGGCAGUCUGUCCUGAUGGAAAUGGAAACGAGAUUGGUGUCUUUAGCUUAAGUGUGCCGGUGGAGGCUCUGUUUUUUGUAGGGAAUCAGCUCAUUGCUACAAGCCACACAGGGAAAGUGGGUGUGUGGAACGCUGUAACCAAACACUGGCAGAAUCAGGAUGUGGUUCCCAUUAACAGCUACGACACAGCAGGGUCCUUCCUUAUCCUUGGCUGUAAUAACGGAUCCAUUUACUACAUUGAUGUACAGAAGUUUCCAUUAAGGAUGAAGGAUAAUGAUUUGUUGGUGACAGAAUUGUAUCGAGAUCCCAGCGAAGAUGCCAUCACAGCACUUAGUGUUUAUCUUACACCUAAAACGAGUGACAGUGGGAACUGGAUUGAGAUUGCAUAUGGCACCAGCUCAGGAGCAGUGCGUGUAAUCGUUCAGCACCCCGAGACAGUCGGCUCGGGACCACAACUGUUUCAGACAUUCAGUGUUCAUCGGAGUUCUGUUACUAAAAUAAUGCUGUCAGAAAAACACCUCAUCUCAGUGUGUGCAGAUAAUAAUCAUGUGCGUACUUGGACUGUAACACGGUUCAGAGGAAUGAUCUCCACCCAACCAGGCUCCACCCCUCUCAGCUCAUUUAAAAUCCUCUCACUGGAUGAUAUUGAUGGACAUGCAGGCUGCAGUGCUGGCACCGAGAUUGGUCCAUACGGAGAGAGAGAUGAGCAGCAGGUGUUUAUUCAGCGUGUCGUUCCUGACACCGACAAACUCUAUGUACGCCUGUCUUCUAAUGGCAAAAGGGUGUGUGAGGUGCGCUCUGUGGAUGGGACCUCCAUCACAGCUUUUGUAGUUCAUGAGUGUGAGGGGUCAAGCCGCAUCGGGUCACGGCCACGUCGCUUCCUGUUCAGUGGCCAUAGCAACGGCAGCAUACAGAUGUGGGACCUCACAACAGCUAUGGAGAUUGCGGCCAAGGUGGACAUAAAAGCACUAGGAGGCCCUACUGAGGAGGAGCUGUUGGAGUUGUUGGAUCAGUGUGACUUGGCACUGACCAGAACACCAGACAUGAGUCCUGCUGUAUCACUUACACACUCUUCUCGCAAUUCUACCUGCAGUCUGCAGUCCCAAUCGAGUGAGAGUGCUCGUGUUAGUGUGUCUGGUGUUCGUGGUGUCGCACCUCCGCGACCUCAGCAAGCUUUUAUGAGAACACGUGAUAUUCCUUCUCAUCUGGGCCUCAGCAUGAGCUCUCUGAGCAGUAACAUGAGUGAACGAGAGCGAGAAAGACAACAGGACAGAGAGAGAGACAGAGAUGGACUUUUUGGUCCUCGAAGAGGCAGUUUUGUGGAACGAUGUCAGGAACGGGCCAAAAUCUCAGACAUUACAGGAGCAGAAGCUCGUCUUUGCCUCAGACCACAGUUAUCAUCAGCAUCCAGGCGACCUGCCCCCCCUGCCCCAAGCCACGCCUCCUCGUCAAAUUUGAGCCCAAUCCGAUCACAAACCCCCACAUCCCCAAGACGAGGGCCAAUGUUGCCUGCAGGUGAAGCCACACCCCCUGAUGCAGGGCUUAAACCAGAAAGCCCCUCUUCCCCACCAGCCACCAGUCCUAAACCACAUAUGAAUGAGACCAGCUUCUAAUUUGCAGACUUAAAAAUAUUUCUCAGUUGACAUGUAAUAACUCAGCCAUCCACCUGCUGUUCAGGACAAUUAGUGUGAACAAAGACGUAUAUCAGGUUUAUAUACAUAUAUAUUUUUUCUGCUAGCUUUGAUCAAUCUUCUUUUGUAUUUUCUAAUUAUUUCAUUACUUUCUUCAUUAUUUCUGUGUACUUUUAUUUUAAGUGCUGUGCUGUGAGAGAGACUUUACCCAGUAAAGUAGAAACCUACCCAAGAGCUCUGUGGGCUCUUCCUGCAUCCAUUUUCAGGAAUUUACUGCUUUGUAAAUUGAUCACAGAAAUACACAAUAGUGUAAUGUUACAAAAUAAGGAAGGAUAUUACGGGAACUGAUGUGUGUUAUCAUUCAGGAAGAUUUAACAUUGUCAGGAUCUGGUGUUGAUAUAUUAAACAUUUUGAUCAUGGUUUGUGAUCACACUAUAUGGUGUUUCAAGUAAGAGAUGGGUAAUUAAGGCCCUAGGACCAGAUUGAUCCUAAAUAAAGGGUAUUCCAUAUAGCCCCAAAAUGCACACACAUGUAAUAAUUGUUUUUCCUAAUGGGUAUACAUGGUUACUUUUUAGUCACAGGUGUAUGUUUGUGCUGUUCUUUUUCAUCACUGCCAUGAAACUGUUGAAAGUUUUGUCCAUUUUGUAGUUUUUAUUCACUGGAUUAUGUCGAAUAGUGUGUAACCCCUUUAAAUCACUGAUUUAUUAUUUUUAUAUUCAUUGUGAAGUACAUUAUACAGCAACUGCUAUUAAUUAGUAGGUAAUUAAAUGAAACGAAGAGGAGAGUUAUGCUUUUGAAUGUUGUAAAUCUGUCAGCCUCAGCAGACAUGUCCUGGGAAUUGAAGGUGUUAAUAUGAAGUAUUUCAUAUAUGCAUAAUUGAUCAUACCGUGUAUAAAUAUUUAUAAAUUGUCAGUUCAAUUCACAACAAAUUGAAAUAAAUAUUGUACAUACAU